GGUCAGCUUGCAACAACACCUCACGGAAGACUGUUUUGUCGCUCGCUGACAGCACCCCCGUUGCAUGGCCCUCGGCUCGAGCCUGCAGCUGCGGCGCUGGCUCUCAGGCUGGGUCCGCACAGGGGAGAGCAGCUGACACCCCACCAGCAUAUCUCUAUUUCCAAGUGUGGGCGAUUGAUCUCGCGACAAAGCCCGCCUCGAGCUCUGUCACUACUUUUCCUUUCGGCUUCAUACGCUAGUCACAGCCUACACAAAGAUGUCGUUCUUCAAUAACCUUGCCAACAAGCUCGACGAUCUGAGCUUGGGUGGCUCCAGCUCAAAGAGGCGUGACGACGACUACGGUGGCCGUCCCCAGCACAACUACGCCACCCGCGACUACGGCUACAGCAACAACGGCCCGCCGCCUCAGCAACAUCAAGGCGGGUACCCUGGCGGCUCAUACCAGUCUCCUCCACCACCGCAGGAUCACUAUCGUUCCCCAGCACCGCCAUCCCAAUCGUCCUCCGCUCCAGUCUACUCACCACCGCCUGGAAAGCCUCCCAUCCCCCAAGGAUGGACUCCUGAGUACGACAGCCACCAUCAGCGGUGGUACUACUACGAGCACGCCUCCGGACGCUCGCAGUGGGAAGCUCCAGGCUACCAACACCACAGCUCAGGCGACACCCGCGGGUACGAGACGUCAGGUGGUGCGGGCUACCAUGGUGGCGGCGGCGGCGGCUACAGCCAGUAUGGACCUGGUGGUGGUGGUGGUGGUGGUUACGGAGACCACAACAACAAUGACCCGUACGGCGAGAGCGGCAAGAAGAAGAAGAGCAGCAGCAGCGGCAUGCUGCUCGGUGCCGCGGGAGGUCUGGCAGUCGGUGCCGUCGGUGGAGCCUUGCUCGCAAACGCCCUCGAUGACUCUGAUGACGAGCAUCGCAGUGGAGGCGGUGGCGGGUACUACGGCGCCCCGGUCCCGGCCCCGGCGGCUGCUGCUGCUCCGGUCUACGAGCCAGCGUACAACGCCGACGGCGAGUACGUCGACGCCAGCGACCGCGAGUCCGUGGCGUCGGCGCGCGAGGCGUACGAGGAGGCGUACCGGAACGCGCAGGACUCUGACGCGAGCAGCAGCGAGCAGGAAGAGCUCGAGGAGGCGCGGGAGGAAUACUACGAGGAGUACGAGGAGGCUUAUGAAGAUUAGACGUGCGUGGGGGCUUCGGGUUGAGUGAGUGUGAGGUAACGAUCAGGGAGCUAGAGCAGGAAGGUGCUUGACCUUCGAAGAGAGAGAGAGAGAGCUUGGUCAUUAUGACGGGAGAGGUGGCAUGUCAAAGAAGCACUCCAACUUCCAAUUUCUCUCGCGCGCUUCUCAUCAGGUGUGCCUACAGUAGUACAGCGGUACAGUCACAGGCUUUCUAGAUGCUGGUUCCUGGUUUUUCAACCACCACGACUGGGCUUUUCUCCGGAACGACUACGUUGACUUGAUCGCAUUUAAAGAGCAUAUAGAAUCAUGC